CCAAUAAGGUGGCACCACAAAUCCCUCCACGUUAUCACCAAUCCCACCCUCCGAUCCCUUCCUAUUCCCCUCGAUCUUCGUGUCAACUCUUCAAAAAGUCUUUCCCCCAUAAAAAACCCUUUCCCCCCUCACUCUGAUUCUCCAAUCCGCGAAAUCAAAUUAAAUGCAGUGAGUGAGAGGUAGAGAGAGAGAGAGAAAACGUGCUUAAUUAAUCGAGUAAUUAAUUAAGCAGCGCAGGAAAUGGCGUUUCAUGAGCAUCUACCGCACGAAAUCACGUUUCAGGCGUUCGCGGAGGAGCAGCAGUUAGGUCAGAGCAGGGACAUGCAGCGGCUGUUGCCGCUCUCCGGCGGGGCGCCGACGUGGCUGAACGGCGGGAGCGUCCGGCAGCAGAAUUUCCUCCACCUGCAGCCGGAGUCGGUGGGGGCGCAGCAAAACGACGACGUUCGGGGGGGCAUGGAUCGGAACCGGACGGAGAGCAACUCGGAAGCGGACGAUUUGGCGGAAUACAAAGCAGACAUUCUGAGACACCCACUUUACGAUCAGCUCCUUUCCGCUCACGUCUCCUGUUUGAGGAUCGCCACCCCCGUUGACCAGCUUCCGAGGAUCGACGCUCAGCUUCAGCAGUCGCAGCGCGUCGUUGACAAAUACUCUGCACUCGGAAACGCCGUCGUUGAUGACAAGGACCUUGAUCAAUUCAUGACGCAUUAUGUUAUACUACUCUGUGCUUUCAAAGAACAAUUGCAACAACAUGUUCGUGUUCAUGCCAUGGAAGCUGUUAUGGCUUGUUGGGAGCUCGAGCAAUCGCUACAAAGCUUGACCGGUGUAUCUCCCGGUGAAGGAACGGGUGCAACAAUGUCCGAUGAUGAAGAAGACCAGGCUGAGAGUAAUGCCAACUUAUACGAAGGAAGCAUGGAUGGUGCUGAUAGCCUCAGCUUUGGCCCUCUUGUUCCCACUGAGACCGAAAGAUCCUUGAUGGAGCGUGUGAGGCAGGAGUUGAAGCAUGAGUUAAAACAGGGUUAUAAGGACAAGAUUGUGGACAUAAGAGAAGAAAUUCUACGAAAGAGAAGAGCGGGGAAGCUCCCAGGCGACACCACAUCCCUUUUAAAAGCUUGGUGGCAGUCACAUUCUAAAUGGCCAUAUCCAACAGAAGAAGACAAGGCAAGGUUGGUGCAGGAAACAGGCUUGCAAUUAAAGCAGAUAAAUAACUGGUUCAUAAAUCAAAGGAAAAGGAAUUGGCAUACUAAUCCUUCUUCUUCUAGUGGCUCUAAAAGCAAACGCAAGAGUGGUGCAGGUGAAACAAGUAACCAGAGCUUCAUGUGAAUGGACACCUGAUUUAAACAAGGAAAAAAAAUUAUAUAUUGUUAUUCUUCAUUUUAUGCAACAAUAUGGUGAGAUUCGUAUGACCAGCUAGAGCUUACAGUGAGAAGCAUGGAACUGAAAUGGAGGAAUAUGGAUGCUAAAGCGUUAUUUGUGAUACCAACAUUUACUUGGUUCAUUUACAGAAAUACCUAGUAUUGUUGUAUAUGAGGCUGCUGAGUUGAUACCUGAUAUAUAUUGUUGCAUGCGCUAUCUAUUCGGUUCAAUGGGUAUCUAUGAAUGCAUGCUGAUACGUGUAUUUGUAAUGUACUACUAUUACACUUCAAAGUUUUUGAAAGAAAAAAAAAACGUAGAA